GCCGGUGACAGUUUUAGCCAAGAAGUUCUGUGGAUUCAGAUGCGGUACUCACGCGGCCACUUGUUACAAGAGCAGUUCGAGUGCGAAGGGAUGUUUUGACUCCUUUUUUAGUGUGGAGAGAGGAUUUGUGGAAUUCUUUUUUUUUAUUUGCUAGUAAUGAGUUUCAAUUAGAUGGCGACCAAGGGUUCAGACACGACGAAGAAGAGGCCACAGUUGCUGCUUUGGUUAUUCACUUUUCUUUCCUUGAUUCUCAGAUCGCGGACUCAUACGGAUCUUUGUGAUCAAGUUCAACCUCCAGUUUACUGCACUUGUGAUGUCAUCAGUCGGGAAAAUACCGCCACUUGUUACAUUAUUAGCAGAAUCCAGACUGAUGACAGCUUUUGGACCUCUUUUGAAUACUCAGAUGUCGUCAGCUUGAAUUUUCGUUCAUACGGGGAUGCAGUUCACUUGACAUUCAUUCCAUCAGAUGCUGUUCAGAAAAUGUCCUAUCUUCGAACCUUGUCUAUUACGGAAGCAAGUCUUGGAACGUUGAAAUCAAACGCCAUCGCCGAUUUGAAAAGUCUCCGAGACUUGGAACUGGAGAGGAACGAGAUCACUGGACUGGAACGGGACGCCAUCACCAGGUUGCCCAAGCUGAAGAAGCUGGCCCUCAGCGAAAAUAGUCUCCAGGAGCUACUAGCCGAAUCGCUGACGGAACUUCUCGAACUAGAGCAGCUGUUCUUGGACAGGAAUAAUAUUUCUCGCAUCGAAAGUUGUGCGUUUUGUGAACUGCAAAAUCUGAAAGAACUGGAGCUGUGGGGCAAUCAGAUCACCGAUCUGACUGAGUAUACAUUUCGUGGUUUGAGGUACCUGAAACGCCUUGACCUGUACAAGAACCAGAUCCAGAUUCUUAACGAUAAAAUAUUCCAGUCCAUGCCCAACCUGCUCGAAAUCGAUUUGAAAAACAAUCUCAUACAUUACAUCUCGAGAACUGCAUUCGCGGGUUUGGAUAAACUGCAGCGCCUCAUGUUGAAUUCAAACAAGAUUAAGAUGCUUCAUGAUGAGGUUUUCAAACCUUUGUCAAGCCUGAGGUCUGUGGAUUUAUACAACAACGAACUGGAAUUGAUACAGGUUCAGGUUGUGGAAAACAUGGCUAAUGCGAAGGAGGAACAAUUUUCUUUCACCCUGAAAGAAAAUCCAUUUAAGUGCGACUGUGGCUUGCUGUGGGUCAAAAUCUAUAUGAAGGAGGUCAAGAGUCCCCUUUUCUUGCGAGAACUUAAGGAAAUGCAGUGCAGUAAUACAGAAGAAAAGAACAGUACUUUGGAGAUUGUCCAUUUGCUGGACCUGGAAUGCUCAGAAAUAUCAUCCACAACCAAAUCCAGAUCCAUGGUAACUACUUCACGAUCCAGUAUCGAAACUACCAAGCAAGUUCCUGUCCAACUGCAAAAGAGCAACAAAACGAGUGACAUCGAUAAUGUGUACUUCAGCGAUGACGAUGAUGAAAAUAGUAGAUAUCCUGGUCGUAGUUCUUGCAUUGCCAGCUGUUAUUGGACAAUUUUCAUUGUGAUGCUGAAUCUAGAAUUCCUCAGGUAUCACCAAAAGACGUAUAGCUAGGGUGUACAGUUGCUCCAACAGAAUUAGGUAAACUAGAAACUAGGCACUUUCCUGUGUUAAAGUUAGGGUGUCACUAACGAAGGAAAGAUUUUCAAGAGAUAUCAAGUGACAUCAGAGAUGCAGUCUAUGUGACUUUCCUUGUGACGUGAAGAAAACUGCUAGCCUCGUAUGUUGUUAAAUGAGUUCGACACUUACGAGAAUUAAUUUUUAUAUGGGACUUCAUCAGAUGGCCGUCCAUUGAUAAUGCCUUAUGCGCACGAACAGUGAAAUUGACGGAGAUCGUCUAAUAUACAUAUAGAUAGUUAUUUAAUGUACAGGGUACUGUAAUUAUUGUUUCGGUUAUUGAUCACUAACAGCCGAACUUCGUGUAGCCCAUAUCUGUGGUCGCCUGAAGUUCAUACUCGUGGACAUAAUUCGAGUGUUUAUAUUUUAAGUUCAGAACAACACGGUAUUUUUAUUUUCUAUAGCUACGCUGUAAGACCAUCUAAGUUUUCCUGUUGUGCCAGUGUUGUGAAUUUAAAUACAAGUCCUUCCCGUGGCUAAAACUGACUGCAAAUUUUGGCUGCUUGUCUUUGGUGCAAGUGACAAUGGCUGAGAAUCGAGUACGAUUCUAUUAAGAAGAUUACGUCUGCUACAUAUAUAGCUUGGAACUUAAAAAUACCAAUAAUCUGAGUCCUAUUUUUCAUUCUGAAGUUUCUGCUAUUGUAUAAGGGUGGGUGUAAAAUACUACAACAUGUUUAUAUGUAAAAAGAAGAAAAAAAAAAAAACAAUACUUCACGAAACGUAACAAGUUUAUUCUUCACCACUUAUUCAGUAAAAUCUGCUUCCAUAUUUAUUAACUGUCAUUUGUUUGCUAUCCCUAAUGCAUGGCGGUCAUUAAAUACAAGCCUUAUGUAUUGUAAAUUAGAAGAAAUUCGUUAGAAAUUCAUUUUAAGAAACAUUACUAUGUCUAAAUGUAGAAUACGAAAAAAUAUUCUAAUUUUUAGGAUUCUCUUCCGCAAAAUUUAACAAAAGCUGCUGUGCUGGAGACUACUGUAUAAUGUUGCUUGCAUGCUUGUGAAAGCUUGUCCAACGCACGUCACGACAUAAACCUUCUCAGUGGUGUUCUGACGUUAAAGAUGCGUGCACAUUUUUAAGAAUAUGAGUUUUCAAUUUGAAAAUAUCCCAUUCAAAAGGUGCCAGCACUUUUAUGCUGGCAUAACAUUUAUGCAAACAGAGUAUUUUUAGUACAGUGUAUCUAUCAUAAGAAAAGUUCUCCUCGCCAAUUAGUUUGCACCUGUCUGUUGCCGUAGAAACGAUCUUUGACCCAUUUUCUGUAGAGGGUUUUUCAAUUUGCCAUCUUGGCGCAUUUAAAGAUGAAUUGGCAACCCUUGGUUGGCCCCUAUUUGAAAUAUACUAGCCCUGUUGGUAUAGCGACCGCCAUCCCCCCAGACACUGUGGCAGGAGCUCUUCUUUUCGUAGACAGACAGUAGCAAAGUUCCAGCCCAUUUAGUAAAAUUUUGCCUCUAUUUCGGAGCAUUGUCUAUCCAACAAACGUGGGCAUCCAACGACCCGGCCGUAUGCAACUAUUACUAAUUCCAUAUUUAUUCUCUGGUAAGAAAAUACCUAAAUCUCUAAAUUAUUCUGCUUAAUAAAUACCAAACAUGAGUUCUGAGUAAUAGUAAAAAUAAAAGAACUAAAAUCUAUACAACUGGACUGGUAAGUAUUUCUCGUAAAUUAAAUAAAUUACAAAUGUAAGUAAAUAAAAAAACUGUACGUUAAUUAAAUAAAUUACGUAGAAGUUAAAAAAAUGUAAACUUUUACUCAAAUAAUAAUAAAAAAAAAGCAGUUUCAUUCAGACUUCUAUGCAAGCUACUAUUUAUUUAUAUUUAAAAUUUCAUUAUUUCUUCUUCAAACGUUUUUGCUAUAUUAUAAUCUUUUAAAACAUUUUCUGCACUAAAAUCAGCAGUAGAAUUCCUUGCUUUUCGGGUUUUGACAAAGUGCCUAACAUCUCCGUUUGCCUUAUAGCCAAGCAAUUCUCUUGAUUUUGAACUUGAGGUCUUCUUAUGUAAGCCGGGAGUCUUACUUAAGAUAAAUUAUGAUCUGUCAGACCUUGAUUAAAAAAUCUUUUGAAAAAGAUAUUCAUAUUUUAAUGUAUUUCAUAAUAUUUAUAAUUUUUUGGAGAAAUUUUCAUUAGUCCCACAUUUUUUAGUGAUGGCUGUCCUUCUUGAUCCUUGUACUUCUCUAAGUCAUCUCCCAAGCAGCUUCUUUGAGUAAUGUGUAGGUUCUCUUAUUUUACAUAUUAUACCUGCAUGAACUUUCAUCUUGUAUAAUUGAAUUUUGUGUACUUUAUUAAAUCCAUUUAAAAUAUUUUUCUUUGUUGAUAAUCUGCACAUUUCGAUAGUUUGGGCGGGAGAGCAGCUAUACCACAGUAAAAGCGUCAAUUGUUUUUAUGUUUAUUUGUCAAUUUAUUCUUAACGAGAUCAGUGUUUGAUUUUGAGUAUAUUAUUCAACCUGGUUAAUAGUUAUGCUCCAUUUCCAAAGUAGCCUUUAUUCUAUCUGUUUCUCAUUCAUAGAAGAAAAGUACAGGUGAGUUGACAGCGCCCCCUUUUUCAAAUCCAGAACUCUCUGUAUAAAUAAUCAUUUUCCAGAUAUUAUCUGUCAUGCAGAAUUCCAUUCUAUUUUGCUGAAGGAAUAUUUUCUUCAUCUUCGAGAUUUAAUAUUUCUUUUCCAGUCUUAACAUCAUCCUACUUGUUAAGUCAUUUUUUUAUUAAAAUUUUACUACAGUAGAAUUCAUACUGUAUUGAGAGAGGCGGUACAUUGGUCAAAAUGCAAGCAAUUUCAGUCGGGACACUCCUUGUAACUGCGAGCAUGUUCUUGUAAUUACAAGCAUUCAUCUUCUUAAUCUUCAUCUCGGUGAGUCCAGUUUUCGUUUUAAUCAGAUUAUCCCGUCCAAGCGGCAGCCCCAUCUUCCUGUACCAUACAUUAUAUUGGCUAUAAGGAUGCUCAUAAAUAUGUCUUUCAGGAUGGUAGUUUUUUUUCAUUGUUACGGAGGUUAAAAGUGUUCUAAAAUCUUCAUAUAUUAUUUGAGUUCUACGUAUUUGCUUAGAAUGUUCAAUAAAACUAAGCUUUUCGUUUAUUACUAUCUUCAGCUGCUUGAAACUAGUAAAAAAUUUUAUUCUUUUAUUAUUAAUACGGUUAUAAAAAUAAAAAUUAUUCUUUUAUUUUCAUAACCGUGUUCACAAAAGUUCUUACUGGGCUUUUAUUAUCGCAAUCGCUGGUGGUAGACAUUUAUUUCCAGUUACAGAAGUGUUCUAAAUGACGCAAAAACUCAUGUUUGGCGUUUUUAAAUUUCAAAGAAAUUAUUUUAUAAAUAUCACGAAAUCUAACUUUUUUAUAUGUUCCUCUGAUUUCUGUACGUAUUUAGGGAAAUUUCGUUAUUAAAAAUAAAAUCCAAAAUUCCGUAUAGCAAAAAUUGGCCGAGACAUUUUUAUGAUAAAAUCGAGAAGUAUAUUCCGGACCGUUCACAAAUUGAAAAGCGAAAUGUUUGCAUUACUAAGUAACUAAAAAUAAAAUAUCGUUUAGAAAAAGGUUUGUGAUGAUAAGGGAUUACGUGACUAGCAUUUAUUCUUUAUAUAUUAAUAGCAUAAUGCUGUUUGCGAAUUAAAAAGAACUUUCAACCAAGAAUGUCGAGGAAUUAUUUGCAUUGUGAAAUGGAAAUGAUUUUGCAUUAAAAAUGACUUGUUUGUUACGUCUUCCUCCGCUUUACUGAAUUAUUCAGAAACGCAAAGUAAAAAACAUUCUCUGGCGUAGUCCUGUUAUACCCUACCUUGAUACAAACCAAUGCUUACUUUCUUACCUUAGCAAUAAACUUCUAUCGAUACCAUGGUGCCGUAGCACUGUUACAACAUCCUGCUUUACAUGGGACAGCCUUCAUAAAGGUGUUCACACCGUUAUAAAGGGGUGCACUCUUUUAAGCAUCCAUCAGUUGGUGAUGUCCAGCAGCUUCCAGAAAUAUGGCAAGUGGCAAAGAUUAUAAAUAUUAAGAUGUUAAUAUAUUUAAAGGAUAUAUUUACAUGGAGUGAAUAUUUUGUCAUAUAUAAACAUGUCGCUACUUUUUUUAUAUCACCCUUUGCAAUAUAUAUGAUGAAAUGCUUGUUAUUUUCUUCAUCCGAAGGAUCCUUCAGCGGGUAUAUCUUUAAAACUCAGAAUACACUGAUCAAUCAGCACUGAAUCGAGGAGUUUAUUUUAGGUAAAUUUUUUCAAAGAAAAACAAUGUAUCGUAGAUGAGUUUACACGUACCUUCUUUUGUUAUAAUUUAUAGUUUGAAAAGCAUUUAUUAGAAAGAGCGUAACCUGUGCAGAAAGACACCGUGGUUUUUUUUUUUCCUCCAAGUUACAUGGCAACAGCUCGCAAAAUUUAAAUAAUAUAAAAACAUUACAAAUUCAGAUUAGUAAAUUAAUUUUAUGAUUUUAAUUACAUUAAUUAUUAAUUAGUUUUCGCUUGUCUCCAUUUUUACGGGUCCACAACUAGAUUAUUUAUAUUUUAUUAUUUACUGUUUUGUGACCAUUUAAUUUUCAGAAUACACCCUUGAAAAUAGUCUAUUUCAAAACUUAAUGUGUCUGUACAUUGAAUCUGGAAGUAAGCCUAAAACUUUAUUUUCGGUAUAUCGAUAAGUACCUAUCUCAUAUUCUGUGGAAUAUCGAUUAUGUUAAAAAAUCUUCGUUCCUUGUUCCUUGAAUGAUCUUUAAAUUUAGGAACAACCUACCUGUCUCAUAUUCUGUCAAAUAUUAGUUACUUCAGAAAAUUGCCUUGAGGGCAACCUUCAAAUUUGGAAACAGCCUAAAAUGUUAUGAAAGUAAGUCAGUUGAACAGGUAGGAAGACCUAGUUUGGGCCAAGAAAACUUUCACAAGUAAUGGCUUUAUGACUUGGCGCAUUGUCACAAUAAAUGAAUCACUGAGCUUGCACUAUUCUUGGCUUUUUGAUCGAGGAGAUUUUUGCAGUCUCUUCUACGUCUCAUAAUAGGUUAGACAUAUUCAUACACGAAUACUACGUCAUUUCGAUAGAGUUGCGUCAGGUACAUGGCCAUUUCGAGAGUUGAAUUGUCAUACUUUUUGUAACAUUAUACUAGUGGAUAUUUCAAAAUAGUUUUAAUUAUUAUUAUUUCUUUUUCUUUUUGUUUAAGUGAUACGCAAGUGAGAGUGUAUCUUCCGAAUAAGAUUUAAAACUCGUCUGAACUGCGAUACAGAAAAGAACAUAAUAACAGGCUUAUUUGGGUGUGAGUUCUAUUGUAACUAUUUCCUUGUAUGCUCUUGGUUUGUUUUUGUUUCUUGAGAGAAGAAAUACGAUUUAUUUUUGUACGAAGAUUUUCUUUUUUGUCUGUUGCAUUUUUCAUAUUAAACAUUCUUUUUUCUGUCAUUUCUAUAUUUCCCCCCUCUGUUGUGAUAUUAACUAUAUCGUGGAUGCCACAAAAAUAUUAAUUCUUUGUUGUUUUUAUUACGUUCAUCGCGUAUGACUUUUUUGGAUGUUUAUCGUGACACUAAGAAAAAGAAGUGUAUAUUCUUUGAGAUAAACAUACGAAAACUAUUGUACAGGGGUCUGAUUCGAUUUCUUCUUAAAAUCAACAACGGGUGAAAAAUUGAAACUUAGUUUUUUGCAGAGUAACGAAUGAAUAGAUUUGUGAUUUUUGUCGAUGUUAUGUAUAAUAAACACGAAUAGUGAUUUUUUUGUUUCUUCCACCUAGUCUUAGCAGCUUUAACAACAUGUAUAAAUUUUAAGAGAAAAAGUUAUAUAUUUUGCCAAUAAAAUUCAUUUCUGAUUA